AUGGCGACGGCGACGAACGCGCCGUGGACGAUCGAUCGAUACGGUGGGAUCAUCGUCGAUAACGCGCACGAUGCGUUCGUGAGGGCGGCGCGCACGCCGGAGGCGUUCGACGCGACGCUGGGAGGGUGGUUGGCGACGUGGCGCGCGAGCGGCGCGCGAGGGGUGUGGCUGAAGCUCGCGCUCGACGACGCGCGGUUGGUUCCGGUGGCGAAGGAGCGCGGAUUUGAGUUUCAUCACGCCGAAAGAACGUAUGUGAUGAUGACGACGUGGUUGCCGAGCGAUGAGGCGUCGACGAUACCGAAUAAUGCGUCGCAUCAGGUUGGCGUCGGGGCGUUUGUGUACGACGGCGAAAACGAAAAGGUGCUCCUCGUGCAGGAACGACGAGGUCCGGCGAGCGGGAGAGAUCUGUGGAAGAUGCCGACGGGGUUGUUGGAGGCUGGGGAGGACAUUCCCGACGCGGCGGUGCGGGAAGUGUUGGAGGAGACUGGGAUCGAGACGACGUUCGACGCCGUCGUGGGGUGUCGACACGGCCACUUUGGGUUGUUUGGCAAAUCUGAUUUAUUCUUUUGCGUCGGCCUGCGCGUCAAGGAUGGAGCGUCGAGGGAGAUUAAGAUUCAGGAAACAGAGAUCGAGCGCGCGAAGUGGGCGAGCGUGGACGAGUUCUUGAAUAAUCCAAACAUCGAGCCGGGUUCGCACGCGCACGCGCUCCACGAGCGGUGCGUCCGAUGGAGCGUCGGCGAUUACGCGGGCAUCGUGGGUAAAAAACUACCCCUAGGAUUCGGGCGAUCGGGAGACGUGUACACGUACGUCACCACGGAAACAUAGCUGAUUUUGAUUGAUUCAUUGCUUUCGUGACUCUCGAGUUACUCUCGACGCUCGCUCGCUGGGCGACCCAGCCUUCGCCGCAGUGCGCGCCUCGCUCGAACUCGUGACGCAGCCUCGCGCGACCGCGCCGAGACAUCAAUCAGAUGUCGUUGCGCACCGUGCGCGCGCCGGCGUGCGCGUCCGCGUCCCGAACUCGCGGUGCGUGCGAACCCCAACGCCAACCUCAACGGCCCUCGUCCGAGCGAAAUCGCCACGCCGUCGUCGCGCGCGCGAAGAAGAGCAGAAAGACGUGCAAAUGUCCGAAGCGGCGUGGUUUUUGGAUCAGUUCAAGUACCAACAGCGAUACAAGGCGGAUACCAACGUGUUCAGCAUGCCGACGAGCGAGCUGCCGGGCGGGGACAAGCUCACGCCCGAGGGCGCGGCGGUGGGGGUUUUGUUUGGAUUGCUCGGUGUGUGGUUCGCGGUCGUUGGGGUGAAGCUGAUAAGCGUGACGUGGGCGUUGAUUUUUACGACGCUCAAGUACAGCGCGAUCGCGGGCGUGUUGGUGCUACUGGGAAUACUA